AGUAAUAAAAUUGUGAGCUGCUGUUUUGCCUCAUCAAAAAAAAAAACAUAAGAAAGAAAGAGGGAUUCUUUCAUUUGCACUGCGUACGUGCGAAACUACGCGAAUACGCUCACGUACGCUCUCCUUCUUUCUCUCUCACAAACAAACUUGAAGCUUUGUUUUUUUGUACUACCGUUGUGAGGAAGACGCACGCACACACACACACAGCGGUUGAAACGACGGUAUAACCUUUUUUUGGAGGGGGGGGGUCUCGUUACGGUGCGCACGACGAUGACGGACAUGGGCGAACUCGCAGCCCGGCUGCAGUCGCACUCCUGGCGUGGCCGUACCUGGAUGUGGGACAUCCGGGACGCCAUCGGGCACAUGUCUAUCGCACAGGUGGCGAUGGUAGGCACACACAACACCGCCACCUAUGAAAUCACCCGAAAGUCGAAAAUUGGCCGUGAUGGCCCGAAGGCGCUGCGCAACAACGGUGCGCUGGUCAGCUUCGUGUGCUUCUUUGGGGGCUUCUUCUUCCCCUCGUGGGCGAAGUGUCAGCGGAUGACAGUCGAGGAGCAGCUCAAUUUUGGCGUGCGCUACUUCGAUCUGCGCAUCGCUCCCGACUCGGCGCUCUCGACGACGCUCUACACCACACACGGACUCCUCUCGACAAAGCUGGAAGAGGUGCUGAUGGCGGUGAAGACGUUCGUGACGGAACCUGCGACGUCACACGAGUUUGUUCUGCUCGAUUUUCAGCAUAUUUUCCUCAGCCCUAGCGACCCAGGCUACGCCACCUUGUUUCGUUCACUCGUGCGGAUCACAGAAAUAUGCGUGCAUCGGCCACCCAACGGAGAGCGCUUUCCUUCACUUUCAGAGCUGUGGAAAGGGCAACAACGUGUGUUUAUCUUCAUGAACCGCAACGUCGACCUUAGCCGAUUGCCCUUUGUGUGCUGGCGCGACAGCUUUCUUACCUCCCAGUGGCUCAACAAGCACAACAAGAAAGACCUCUUGCAGGCUCUUGAUCAACACGCGAUGCAGUCACCGAAAACAAACGCAGAAAGGGUGUUUCUGACGCAGGCCAUCAUCACUCCAGACCGCAAUACGGUGUUAUCCGGCAUUUUUAGUCUUGGCGUUCGGCCGAGUUCGCUGCGUGGGCUCGCCAAGAGCGCCAACUCCGAUUUCAUGCAAUGGUUUUGGCGGCGCAAUACGAUCAAGGCCUCUCCGGCAGGGGUGCAUCAAAACGUUCUGCUGUUGGACUACCCGGAGCUCGAGAUGAUCGAGGUGAAGUGGGACGGCGGAACUCUGCGAGGGACGGUGGUGGACAUGUGCGUGUGCAUCAACCUCCAGCGCGGUCUGACGUCGGGUGACGCCUGA